AUGCAAUAUCUGGGAUCUACAAACUCCAUAACUUGUGCUGGCUUUGGUUCCAAGGCGAAGUAUGGAUCUGGGUUCUUUGAGAUGAGCCUAAAGCUCCCACCCCAUGAUUCUGCAGGCGUCGUUACCACUUUCUAUUUACAUUCAGGAACGGCAGCGCAUGAUGAGUUAGACUUCGAGUUUCUGGGCAAUAGAGAAGGUAAACCUAUCACAUUACAGACGAAUGUGUUCGCCAACGGAGUUGGAAACAGAGAACAAAGAAUGAUUCUUUGGUUCGACCCCUCGACAGAUUAUCAUACCAACAAAAUCCUCUGGAACCCCCAUCAGAUUGUGUUCUUUGUUGAUCACAUCCCCAUUAGAAUUUAUAAGAACAACGAAGCCAUUGGGGUAGGUUACCCAUCCCAAUCAAUGCAAGUAUUAGCAAGCAUAUGGAACGGAGAUGAUUGGGCUACGGAUGGUGGCAAAACUAAAGUCAAUUGGUUUCACGCACCCUUCACAACCCAUUACAAAGGAUUCAAUGUUUAUGGUUGUGGCUCAACAAAUCAUGUUGAGGGAUGUUCCUCCACAAAAUAUUGGUGGAACCAAAGGAAAUUCUGGAAGUUGAAUAAAGUUCAAGAGAAAAACUACCGUGAGAUCAAAAAGCAUAUUAAUUACAAUUAUUGCACUGACAAAAGCAGAUAUCCUGUUCCUCCUCCUGAAUGUGCUACCAACGAAUAG